UUAGUUCUCUGAAACUUCAUAAAUGCUAAAUUCGUUUUGAGUCGCAAUUCAUAAAAGUUAAAUUGUUUUUAGUAGCAAUUCAAUUUUAUAUACGUGUAGGUUGGUACUAAUGGCCUGAUGGAGGGUGAUACCAAUACUGAUGACAAACUUGGGCUGAGUUGGGCUAAACUCAAGUUCAGAACUGUUUGAAAUCCAAAACAUUGAAGGAGUUCUGCAUUUUCAAAUAUAAGACUAGGCAUGUCUUAACUGACAAUAUUGGAGAAUUAUUUAAUGAAGAAUAGUAAAAUUCUUUGCAUAAUUUGGUCGGAGAUAUUGGGAAUCUGUAACGAAGGGUAGUAAAACCCUUUACAUAAUCUUGGAAGGAUCUUACCUUUCUGUCAGAGUUCCCUCGAUAUUAGAGUUAUUUUUACAUUAAAUUUAUAGAAAUUUUACGACUGUUUUUCAAAUUAUUUGAAAUUAAAAAUUAUCCUUUUAAUGUUUCAAAUUAUAUGGCAUUGUAUACUUAUAUCCGACUGUAUACAUAAUAUAUAUAUAUAUUUUUUGAUACAAUACUUAUAUUCGUGAAUUCGCGGACAAUCACCUAGUUUCAGUUAUAUAUUGAUGGCAAUCAUUAUUUGAGUUAUUUUUACAUUAAAUUUAUAGAAAACUUUACGACUGUUUUUCAAAUUAUUUGAAAUUAAAAAUUAUCCUUUUAAUGUUUUAAAUUAUAUGACAUUGUAUACUUAUAUCCGACUGUAUACAUAAUAUAUAUUUUCAUACAAUACUUAUAUCUGCGAAUUCGCAGACAAUCACCUAGUUUCAAUUAUAUAUUGAUGACAAUCAUUUUAGAUGUAUUUUUAAAUCAUUAUAAAUUAUUAUAACGUUCUAAAUAUUAUUAUAUAUGGACCAACCAAAAAAAAAAAAAAACUUAAAAGGAAAUGGAUAAUGUGUCAAUUAUUAUGGUCCAGCCCGUAUGAAUAUUCAAAUAAUUAGAUUGUGACAUUGUGCAUACUGAGUCUCUGGUGCCUUUUUAUCAAUAAAAAUAUCCAUUUAAUAUUUUGUCUUCUAAAUCUGCCUAUGACGCCACCAACUACACAACUUAAUAUGUCACCAAGCUAAUAGAAACCUCAGAGAAUAACAUAAGUUAUUGUGAUGUGAUAAUACAACACAAAGAUUCCAGUGGAUCAUCGAUCGACUGCGUCAACCUGAUCUUAAACUUUCUCAACACAAAUAUCUGGGUGACUAUUAAAAAAGAAGCUAAAACAAAUAUAUGCCGGCUUGAAUACGUGCCCAAAAACAAACAAUAUGCUUAUGGAAGUUCACAUGGACUUGUACAUAUAUAUAAUAUGAAUGAGCUAAACUCAAAUGCCUGGUUGUAAAUGCAUAUGGCUAAGAUUGAGGAUGGGGAAGUAACAUGUUCCUAACACAAUAUGUAUGCACUGUAACAAGCAAUUUGGAAAUUUAAAAACUUUUAUCAAUGCAGAAGUAACAUGUCCCACUUCUCGCAUAAUGUGGAAGAUGCGAUUAAAAAGAGAUUCAGAGUGUUCCGUGGAUUUGAAAAAAAAUUAUUUACAUUUCUCCAACUCUCACCUCUUUGGUCUAGAUUGCUUACAUCACAAAGCAACAUAUAAACAUCAAUUUUUUUUGUUGGUGUCAUGCUAAAAUGUGCUUAGAAGAUUAACAUUUUCUUUGUCGUCAAGGUAAUAUAAGAAACCAUUUCAUUCAGUUUGAAAACUAACGAAAAUAUUAAAGAAAAAUCAACUAUUAUUCAAGAUCCAUAAACAAUGGAAUAUUCUACCACCACUUGUAUUAGUUUUUAGUAUACAAUAUAUUACAAACGCCUCAAUAUAUAAUGCACGUUUCUGUAACAAGUAUACCAAUGACGACUUUUUACCUUAGGGUGUUAUUACAAGAAGCAACAAAAAACGAAGAAGAAGAAGAAUAAUUCCAACAAAAAUAUGAAUUCGUCUUCCUCCUCUUCAUCUUCUUCUCGCAGGAAGUUUCUGGAUACAGGAUUUGCGAUCGGACAAAAAGAAAUAAUAAGAAUCUUGAUUCUGUUUCUUGUUUUGACGGCUUCAUGUCUGUUUUUAUACAAAACAGCGUAUCCUCUGCAACAACUUUCUUUCAACAAUCUCACCUCUCUACUCGCUUCUUCAUCUCCAGAAACGAUAAAACCAGAUAUCGCUUUAAGGAAGAUUUUGGAGAAUGCGUCGAAUGAGAACAAUACAGUGAUUAUAACGACACUAAAUCAAGCUUGGGCAGAACCAAAAUCCAUAUUUGAUCUCUUCUUAGAGAGUUUUCGUCUUGGACAAGGAACACAAAAGCUUCUGAAACAUGUGGUAGUGGUUUGUUUGGAUCCCAAGGCGUUUGAACGAUGCACACAACUUCAUUCUAAUUGCUAUUACCUUAAAACCACGAACACUGAUUUCUCUGGGGAUAAAGCUUACAACACUCCUGAUUAUGUCAACAUGAUGUGGCGCAGAAUCGAGCUGCUUAUUCAAGUUCUCGAAAUGGGUUUUAACUUCAUAUUCACGGACACUGAUGUAAUGUGGCUUAGAGAUCCAUUUCCCCGACUAUAUCCAGAUGGAGACUUUCAAAUGGCGUGUGAUAAGUAUUUUGGAAACCCUACCAGUUUUGACAACUGGGCCAACGGAGGUUUCGUAUACGUGAGAUCAAACAAUCGAAGCAUCGAGUUUUACAAAUUCUGGUACAAAUCUCGUCAGAAUUAUUCAUGGUUGCAUGAUCAAGAUGUGUUCAACAGGAUCAAGAACGACCCUUUUAUAUCUAAGAUCGGCGUCAAGAUUAGAUUCUUUGAUACGGUCUACAUUUGUGGGUUUUGUGAACCUAGCAAAGACAUAAACUUGGUUUGCACAAUGCAUGGUAAUUGUUGCCUUGGUCUGGAGAAGAAGAUUCAUGAUCUGAAUCUUAUUCUUGAUGAUUGGAGAAAGUAUAUGUCGUUGUCAAAGCAUGUGCAGAACACGACUUGGAGUGCUCCUUUGAGGUGCCUGGAGAAAUAAUAAUUUAUUCGAUGAAAACUAAGAAUGUGUUUUUUGUAAGGAAAACUGUUCUACAUUGUAAUUUAACAACUCGUUUUUGUUAUAAUCUUCGAAUUUUGAUGCAUCUUAUUUGUCUGA